AUGUCCUCAUCCUUUCGCUUGCAUCGGCCUGUCCACUUCGCUCCGGACCGGCGCACGCAUGAGCGACACGUUGGAGAAGUGGACAGGUUGUUGAGGGACAUCAAAGGGCACCCCAAGAUCUUCGUCGCUCGAGUGAACACUAGGCGCAGAUUCUUGGCCAUCCUAUCGAACCAGCCGGGAGAAGUCACAAAGGCAAAGUCAAUCUUCUGA